GUCAAAUGUGACAGUUAUAUUUCAAAAUAAAAAUCAGCUGAAAGAUGAAAAUGAUAACUAAGAACUUUAAAUAUUAAAAAACAUAUAAGUGUAGUGGAAUAAUGGCUGUCAACGUAAAAAUUAACGCCGAAACACAAUUGCAAGUCACUAUCGGUAGAUUAUUACAAUCUGUAACCGAUAAAAGCUAUUUGGUGUCAGAAUCUGUAAAAUGUUCUUUAAAAAAGCUAUCGGAUAAACAUCCAAAUCAAGUUUUAAAUUCGUGUUGUCAGUUUAUUAAUAAAAAUCCCAAAACACUACCCGAACACAUCUCAUCUAUACUACACAUAAUGGAAAUAGUUUGUUCAGAUCAUUUAGUGAAAAUUAAUGGAGAUACAAUAAUUUUAACAGUAGAUGUAAGCUUAUCGGUUAUGACUGAAAAUAUUUCGUACGAGCCGAUUAUACAAACUCCCGCAUCUGGUGUACUCGUAGCUCUCGGACGAGAGCACUACGUCCAAAUAAUAGAUUCACUUCAAGCAAAAAUGCAACCUGGUGUAAUCCCCCAUCACAUGAUUCCGUACACCAUGGGAGCCCUGGCGAGUGUUAAUGCUUUAGCUAUUGUUCCCUAUUUAAAAGAUAUUUUUAAUAUAAUGCUACCCCUCCUUGGAGGCAUAAAAACUGAUAUUUUAAAACAAGCUUUUUCAUUUGCUUUGGGGAAUUUUUGUGAAGCCCUAACUGAAUAUAUAUCAAACUGUGAGAAAGUACCAGACACUACGAUCGAUAUAGAAAAUUUUGGUACUGAAAUAAGCACCGUUUACGAUGUUCUAUUUUCCACAUGGAUCUACUCUCGAGAUUCGAAAACAACUGAAAGUGUAUUGGAGGCGUUAACGUCCAUUUUUCCAAUAAUGUCGAUAGAACGAGUGACCCAACAAACUACGAAAACCAUACAAAUACUCAUUAAUCUCUAUAAAAAACACGUUAAUCCCUAUAACAUAACCAAAUGUUUAGGUUCUGUUAUACAAAAAGCGGUUAAAGUCAAUGGAAUGUUACUGGAACCUCUACUACCGAAUAUUUUAAGUAAUCUAUUCGAUUUGGUGUGCGUUUCGCCGGAUUACGCUCAACCUGGUUUUUUAAAAAGUCAUUCUGAAGUACUGAGAUGCUACGAAUCGUUCGCUUUGCAUUUCACUGAUAAUACAAUCGAUCAACUAUUAUCUCAACUGAAGAAUAAUAACGAUAAAGAGAAAGUAAAAUCUCUGAUUGUUAUAACGCAUUUGGUUUCGCAUUCCGGGGAUCAAUCCAUCAAAAGAAGAUAUAAGGAUAUAGUGAGAUACAUCAAUGAACUAUUAAAUGACAAUAACGUGAAAAUUAAAACGUCGCUUGUCAAACUAAUAGUAGCUCUGUCCUGCAAGAACGUUAUCGUAGAUAAAGAUAUAAAUCCAGACGGUCCAGGAAAGUACAUGGAAUUCAUACUGAAAUUGAGCUGCAAGCAAAUUUUACCAAAAAAUCACAACAUCGACACCAAAGAAUUGGAAAACAUACAAAAAUCUUCAGAUAACACGUUGUACAUGCUAACCACUUCGGUACCGGAUCUAGAAUCAUUCCUGUGGGAUUUAUUAUUGAAUAGUUUCCUGAAUCCAGCUUUCGACGAUGCCAUUAUAAUCAUUUUGAGAUGCCUCACUCAUCUGGCUUCGAAAAGGGACACGAUCCAAUGUUGCGAUACUGCUUUCGUAAGGUGCUUGUCUCUAUUGGCCAAUCCAGUUCCCGAUUUCAGGGGUUGUUUCAUUUUGAAUUUCCUUAAAAAUAUUAAACCGUGCAACGUCGAAACUUAUAAAAGUGUAUGGGAUACGAAGAUACCACAGUUGUUGAAAUACCUCGAACAAAAUUUUGAAAAUUUCCACGUUUCAGAAUGGCACGAUUUGGUGUUUGAUUUUUUGAAUAUCCUCUUCGAAACCACCGACAACACCCUGUUUACUGAAAUAGUUGUCACCAAUACGAAGAAGCAAUUAGAUGUUUAUAAUAAUACCAGAUAUAUCGCUAACCAAAAUGGUGUAUAUCAAAUGAAACAAUCGGAAAAACAUUUCUUAUUAAAAUGUCUCGCGAUAACUCUUUGUUAUAUAAAAGAUAAAGAAACCGUCACCCAAUCUCUAGACAACAUUCUCAACAACGUCAAAUUGACAGAUUACAUGGAAUGUCACACAUGCGCAGAAGCAGUCGGUAUCUGUUCCAGAUCUCAUUUGCAAUUAGUCCUCGACAAAUUGGCCGUGAUACGAAGAGACGUACUCACGAAAAAAUCCUCGAAAUUUAUGAUUUUCCUCAAAGAUCAAAAACACGAAGUGGCCCUCGACCGUUUAAGGUACGCGGUACUUUGCAGUUAUGCGCAGGUCUGCAACGAAGCCCCGGCCGAUAAACUUUUGAGAGUUGUCGAAAGUGAAAUUUUGGAUUACGCCGUUAACGAAUUGAACAACAGCAGGGAUUUUUUUUUGAAGAAAAUUUGCUUGAAGACGAUACACGCAGUCGCCGACGCCAUGCACCCCAACAGAAAUUCCUUGCAUAUUCGAAUGAACGAGAGGGAUAAUGUUAUAAGGUUAGUUUCGUCUCAAGUCCAACUACACAACGGUCCGGAAUACAUCGAACUCUUCCCUCUCAUAAUACCAACAGUAACGGCUCUAAUAAGAUUACCCCUUCCCAUCGAAUCCGCCGAAAGAAUCGAUUUGCUGAAAUUAUUUUUCGAUAAUGUUUACAACGCAGCCAUAAUUUAUUGCAAAAUCAAUCAAGAUAAUGUCGAUAAAUAUUACGGUGACUUGAAAUUGGCGCCGCACGUUACGAAAAGUUUUACGGAAUUGAAUCAGUUGGUGAAAGAUUUGCUUUUGCAAAAUUUGUCGCCCGCUGCUUUGGACGAAAUCGUGACUCUACUAGAGCCAUGGCUUGGCAAAAAACGACCGGAACAGAGGUUACCCGCCGCGGAAACGCUCAGAUUAGUCCUCCAAUCGUACUUAGACAACAUGAAAUUCGCCUACGAAUGCCCGACCACCUUCGGCCAAACCGGUUUCCUCUUGGCCAAAGUCGUACCGAGAUGCGCGGACCCGAAUAAAAAUAUACGAAAAGUCGCCGUCGAUUGUUUAUGUCUCAUACUGUGUAUAGCGGCUCGAUACGAGGGUCACAUGAGAGAUCACGACAAAGUUUUGAGUAAUUCGCUGCAACACAUCCAACAGAAAAUCGAUUCCGACGAACCCAAGCAGUUAUAUAACCUCACUUGCGAUUUGGCUCACGUAAUAUGCGCGAAUCUCCCCGCGUUUCAACUAAUACAUUGCGUCGAUGGAUUAUCCGACGCCCUUUUGGAUUGCGAGGCGUCAAGCUCCAACGGGAGCGGCAUAGUACUCAAUUUGAUAUUGAAAACUAAAGGCGGGGAGCUGUUGAGUAACGUCGUACCAGUACUGGAAAAGCUGUUGAGGCAGUUGUACGAGAUCCGGUGCCCUCGGACCAAAUCCUCGACGUAUAGGGCAGUUUUUAACCUGGCGAUGCACCAUUCGAAGACCGUUUGCGGGGUUCUACUGAACCAACCCCUACCUUACGAUAGCUCUAUAUGUGAAUGUUGGUCGAUUAUAUCCACCGAUCCAACUUUGGCGGCCGAUUUGAUGGACCAAUUGAAAAAAUCCAUCAAAUCUACUCCCCUGUACGAAGAUCAGGGCGGCGGAGAUAUGAAAGUGGCAAAUUUGCAACCGUUGCAAGCCGUUUGCGCUUUCCACGAAAUUUUGAAAAACCCGCAACUCAAAGAAAUUUGUCUGCAACAAUUUCCCGAUUUGUUUACGUUGUUUUUGAUUUGCGUUUCGUCUUAUAUGAAUACCGUGGCGCCGUUUUGUAAGAAAAACGACGUGUCCAAUGAAAAAUUCACGUUUACGUUCAACAAACAGGCCUAUAAGUUGGUGCCGAGCAAAGUUGCCGUCGAAACUUUUAGGUCGUUUCUGUUGUGUUGCGAAUUCGAGAAAAUGGCGUCGGGAUUAUUGAUCAUGAAUAAUUCCGAGGCGUUAGAGAACGUCGAGGUGUUUCUACAGGUAAUUCAAUUGUUAGUCGAAAACGUGUGUCUGGAAACUUCUCAAUCGCUCUCGUGGUUAGUGGCUAGUUUAGGCCCGUACAUUAGAGCCGAUUUGGAUCCGCAACGGAUAGCUACAGUUGCGUUCUUUUCGCAUCUGUUACAACAAAGUUACACCGAACAAAACGUCCUCACCGAAAAUCUCCUCGAGAUGAUUUUGGACGUGCAAGGAGACACUAAUUGUUUAGUGAGGAAAUUGGGGUUGCGAGGUCUCGGUUACGCCGCCGAACAUCUCAGCUACGAAUUAGUUUCGAGACACUGCAAUCCCAUCCUCGGCGUUUUGAUGAACAGUUUGGAUUAUAACAAUAUUGGAGUCGAAAGUGCCGUAAUUUUGGAAGGCAUGUUGAGUUUCUCUAAAUUACUGACGACAAUGGAGGGUUGUAAAUUCAGUUCUUUCCAAGUGACCGCCGCUGUUAGGAUAAAACCGUUAUUGGAUCAAGAAGACGUGAAUCUCCGUCGAGCGGCUUUCAGGUUACUCGGCGAUUUAACGCAAUCGAUCAACUCGGAGGGAAAUUUGGAAGCGUUCAGAGAACAAAUUCACGGAAACGUAGUUACUUUGCUUCUACAUUUGAGUGAUCCCGAUAUUUACGUUGUAAAAGCUUGUAAAUAUACUUUAAGGAAAAUCGGACCGUAUUUGGAGGGUUCGAAAGUUAAUUCGAUGAUUCAAGAGCAUUUGAUCGACGAGGCUAAUUUGCACUUCAAUGAUUUCGUCAGGGAUUUCAUCAAACUCAUGGCAGCGGAUAUGCAAGAUCUGUUUCCGUUAUUAAUAAUGACGUGCCUUUCUUAUUUCAAAAGUCAAUGGGUGGAGAUAAAAGGUAACGCCGCUUUAAUAACUGGUGUGUUGUAUUCCCAGAUGAUUCCCGAAAAUAGAUCUAGAGUGUCUUUGGAUACGGUCUGUGAUAGAUUAUUGAGACUUAUCAACGAUGAAAAUGAAGAUGUUAGGAUUAAAGCGGUUGAGGCAGUUUCCUACUUAUUUAUCGAUUGAAAUUCCUUUAAAGUUGUUGUAAUACAAAAUUAUUUUUUUAUAUUUUAAAUAUAUUUAAGAUAAAAUGAAGGAAAAUAAAGAUGCACUUUAUAUAUAUA